UUGUUUCGAGCCAGUUGGGGCCGAUGCCGUAGCCGAAAGCGGAUCAAAUUCGUAAUAAAAUCAAUAAAAUUCUUCGCUUUUUUUCAGCAUUGGGAGGCGGUCGGUGACCGGGACUUCGAUUACGAAGAGAGGGCUGGGUGCUUCUUGAACCGUUUCGGGCAUGUACGCAGGCAGCACACCGGGGACUCCCCAGCAAGUGGGCUCGCCUGGUGGCACCACCGCCGGCUGUCUGCCCAGCUUCCUGACAAGCCCUCCAACUGAUGCUCGAAGCCCCGUGUCAGACCGGCUCGCCGCCCCAAGCCCACGAACAGAUGGGACGCCGCGGCCACAGCAGGCGACACCGCUGUCAGGCCCACCCAGGAAUAGCCUUUUCCACGACACCAGUGUCCUCUCGUCAUCAAUGGUGCAAGACACCUUCUACCAGAGCUCUCCAAGUGUGCUGCACGAGUCCAAUGCAGCAAAUAUCUCCGGUCAGCUCGACACCCUUUUCAGUUCUGGGGACCUGACGCAGUCGCCAGGCCACUCUGAAGAAACGUGGGUCACUGUUUUUGGGUUUCCGCCAUCCGCUAGUUCGUAUUUUCUGCAGCAGUUCUCCCAAUAUGGCACCAUCGUCAAGUACAAGGUGAGCUCUGAGGGCAACUGGAUGCACCUCUGCUACCAGUCGCGGCUGCAGGCCAAGAAGGCGCUCAGCAAGAACGGCAAGGUUUUCGGCGCGCACACCAUGGUUGGUGUGAAGGCCUGCGUGACGCCCGAUCAGCCGGACCAGGCGUCCUCGUCCAAGGAGAAUGUGUCCGGCAUCGAGGCCCGGCCGCUGGUGCAGGCCUACCGAGCUUCGGCCAGCAGGCGCCAGGUGACGCUACCGGAGAUACCCACGCCACGGCGAGACACAACGGUGACGUCACGAGCGCUCGAGUACCUCUUUGGAUGGUAGCAGCGCCGCCAACUUCGCCGCACUCUUUGAUUUUUAGCGCUGCAAUAAAAGCGGCAGUUUUUACCGGUG